GCGGAAGCAGCGGAGAAAAGAGGCGGGCAGCUGAGGUUGUUGCUUUGCUUGUUGGUGGUUUCGAAUUAAAGCAGUCGAUUAUCUAGAAAGAAAGUCACAUCGGAGUUUAAUCGCAACGAGAAGCGUGCUGCCUUUAAGGCGAGCUCAGUCAGACUUUGCUGAAUUAGUUGAAGAGCUGAUUGCCAUUGUAUAUCAGAUAGCUGAGGUGCGCAGACUCUACAAACUGAAGAGCUAUAUUGUCUUCUACAUCCUGUAGCUUGUGGAGGCUGCAGCCAGGCCAUUACAGAGAUAUCCGCUGUGAAACACCGCACCAUGUCUGCACCAGGAUAUCCUUCUCCUCAACAGCCCCCAUACCCCAUGCCUCAGCCGGGUGGGUACUCUCUGCCCCCUUAUCCUGUUCCACCUUCCAAUAAUCCAGCUGCUCCUGCCCCAGGAUUCAGUGUGUAUCCAUCAUCUCCAAUGCAGCCAGGAGGAUAUCAGCCGGGCCCGAAUGCGCCGCCUCAGGGGUAUCAGCCGGGCCCGAAUGCGCCGCCUCAGGGGUAUCAGCCGGGCCCGAAUGCGCCGCCUCAGGGGUAUCAGCCGGGCCCGAAUGCGCCGCCUCAGGGGUAUCAGCCAGAUCCAACUGCACCACCUCAGGGGUAUCAACCCUCACCUGGUCAUCCAAUGCAUCCUGGCUACCACCAUGUACCAGGAGGUUUCCAGCCAGGCCCUGCAGCCACUCCCAAAGAUCCAAAUGCUGUGGUCACCUCUUUUGCUGCAGUGCCUGCUGGGGUUCCACCAGGACUGGAGUAUCUUACACAGAUCGACCAAGUCCUCGUACAUCAGAAGAUUGAACUUUUAGAAGCUCUCAUUGGAUUUGAGACCAACAAUCAGUAUGAGAUUAAGAACAGCAUGGGCCAGAUUAUCUUUCAUGCCAAAGAGAAGAAUGACUGCUGCACACGUAAUUGCUGUGGCUCCUUGCGCCAUUUCAACAUCAAGAUCACUGACAACUUUGGCCAUGAGGUCAUUCAUCUGAUUAGACCCUUCAAGUGUGCCAGCUGCUGGUGCCCCUGCUGUCUGCAAGAGCUGGAAGUCCAAUCACCACCUGGAACUACAAUCGGGUUUGUGAUCCAGAACUGGCAUCCCUUCCUCCCAAAGUUCUCCAUCCAGAAUGCUUCUAAGGAGACUGUGAUGAAAGUCGUUGGACCAUGCAUGGCCUGCAACUGCUGUGGGGAUGUUAAUUUCGAGGUGAAGACCCCUGAUGAAAGUGCUGCCAUUGGCCGGAUCAGUAAACAGUGGAGUGGGCUCGUCAAAGAGAUGUUCACUGAUACUGACAACUUCGGAAUCCAGUUUCCCAUGGACCUGGAUGUCAAAAUUAAGGCUGUGCUCUUGGGUGCUUGCUUCCUCAUUGACUUCAUGUUCUUUGAGAAGGUGGGAGAAGCUAAUCAACGUAACACUGUCUUGUCUUGAGACGACACCUCUAUGUGGAGCCCUGUAAUCGGUCAUCCUGGAGUCAAAACUGUAGCCUCUGGCCUUUCCUGAUGAUUCACAAGCUCCUCUUGCCUUAACAGUGGGGGGGAUAAAAAAUACUUACUAAUCUUUAUUUUAAUUGAUUAUUUUUUAAUUUAUUUUAUACUAGUAUUGUAGAGGUUUGUUUUAAAAUGUUGAGAAAAACAGCAAAUUACUCUAUAGGAAAACCCAAACCAAAUAGCUGUUGGUGUCCAAAGAAGUGAACUGCCCUUGCCUUCCCAAUCGAGGAGUAUUACGAUAAGUGGUCUUGUUCAAAGAGAGCCAUACUGUCGUCCAAGAAAAAGGUCAUUUCACCCAAAGCGUAUUCUCCACCAUCCAUCCAACUGCCACCCUUCUUGUUGUUUUUUGAUCCAAUGUGGACCCCAGUCAUUAAAUACUCUGUUUCCCUCUGACUGGCCUGCCCUGCCCUUCCCCCUAGACGAGAGGCAGAACGACGGGCAGCUCAUUCACUUACGGUUGGAGUUGCUGCCCUCUGUAAGUGGGCUGUUUUGUUUUUGCCGUGUUUCCAAAAUGGAUCAGACUGACAUUUCCCCUGGGAACCACGUCGGCUUCCCAAGCAUCCAUUUAGGGGUGUUGUGGAUGUCAGUCUGCCAAUCGGUAGGUAAAUACAGUAAUGUGCUGCAAAAUUGUGUUUUAAAGCUGCCUAAUUGUGUCAAAUAUUUAAUGCUUUGUUUUUAUGCAAAUACAUUGCCAGGAGGCCUUAAAGGUAUUUUCUGCUGUUGCAUGUUUUGUUGUUUUUUUUCUUUUAUAAGUAAUGUAAUGCCACAUUCAUACGACUCGUUUUUCUUGUACUUGCAUUGAUGCAAAGUUAUCCAUGUAUGGUGCCUCUGAAGGUGGUACACAUGUUUUGUUGCCUUGUUGUGUGGUUCUGUAGGUAUUCUCCUUAUCAUAUAUGUUGUGGCGGAGUCUCCCCAAGUGGGCCAUAUGCAUGUUUUUAUCAAAAUUAAAAAAAUUUAAGUCCACAA